UUGUCAAAAGCAGACGUAGGCUGUGCAUAUUUACAUAUUUUAUGUAACCUAACUUAGUCUCAUAACUUGUUUAGCUUAGUUUGCUUUUAAGUUUGUUCAUAGUUUAUUAAAGAGUGUCCGAUUGUGUGCGGUGUUCAAUCUUACAUCUGAGAGUAGUCAGCAGCUCGUUUGUUUCCUGUUCCACCUCCUCAGGCAGUGUUUGAACACGAUACAAUGAUUCGUCAAGUAGACGAUGUGAUGGCGCUCUGCUGUAAGCUCUCCGAGAGCAGGCAGAUUAAAGCGGCUGUGCGAAACUCAGCCAAAGGAGCUGCUGCUGCUGCUGGAGGGGCUUUUGUUGGGGGGCUGCUCGGAGGUCCACCCGGUUUAUUUCUUGGUAGUUCUUUGGGAGGUGCCGUGGGAUGGUGGAUGACCAGUGGCACAUUCCGUCCUCUUCACCAGAUCAUAAUGGAGAUGCCUCCUCAACAGAAGAGGAAACUGUACUCUGAGGUCAUGGCAGUACUGGGCAAACUGGAUUGGGUUGAUCUGGCUCAGCUCAUUUUUCUGGUGAUGGGUAACUCCUCUCUACAGAUGCGAGUACUUACUACUUUAAUCUCUUUUGCCACAAAAGAGCUCGGAGCCAAAGUGGAGUAUGUACAAAAAUAGUGUUAAAGUCACUAAAGCCAAGUCUAGGCAAAGUUUAAAUGUCUGAAGAGCUUGUUUAAUUCCGUGUUUUUUUUCUUUCUUUAUCAUAAAGAUACCUGUAGGUGUUAUGGUCGACUCCUUUUCCUAUAUUUCUAUUUUAAUCCAGUUUACCAGAGCCACAGAGUUUCACUGUAAACCUCAACAUUUUUUAAAUAUUUAGAUGCUUAAAAUACUUUUCAAGUGAGUAAAUCUGAGUAAUUAAGCAAUAAUCUUUUUUAAAACACGUAAAAUCAAGACCACCUCAUGAGCCAUUUCAGUACAGUUAAAGGGAUAUUACAUAAAACAAAAACAAAAAAAAGAAAAUUUAUUCAUUUGAAUUUCCAUUAUAUGGACCAAAUAAUAUACAGUUACAAUAAUAUAACAGUAUGUUCUACAAAAGUAAGACUGACAUACAAGUUUGGAACAACAUGAGGGUGAGUAAAUUAUGAUUUUAUCAACUUUGGUUAAUAAUAAAUCUAAUUAGUUA